UUGCACUGCCUCUCUUCUUCUGCAGUAAGAAGUGGUAUGGCUUCUGCUGAAAACCAUUGUCUAAAUCUGUCUGGCAUUUGCAGAAGAGACAUCUGCAAAAUCACAGAGGAUCAGAUUGGAGCCUGUAAAAGAAGAUGGAAGUGCUGUAGAUCUUGGUGGAUUCUGGUUCCAAUUCCAACCCCACUUAUCUAUUCAGAUUAUCAAGCACCCCUUAAGCAUAAGUUGAAAUGAAACUAGGGAAAGCAUCAGAAGGAAAGUUUCUGCAUCUAAAACAUUGGAAUAUACAUAAACGCUUCCAGCUUUAUUACCAAUUCCUAUUAUCCCUUGUCAAUAAAAACAAAUAAAUAUGGGUUUCAAAUCUCCAGAUACUACUUCUUUGUGACUCAUCUUCAG